GGACCUGGGGAGGACGGUCCGGCAUCCCUACCCCCAGUGAAGGAAGCACCUGCCUCCCACGCCCUCACCUACCCGGGGCGGGGAUUUCCGCCGCCCCUCCUGCUUUCGUUUCGAAGAAAGUGAAAGUGAAAGGGGGAAGAGGAGGCUUCGGGACUGAGGAGGUCGCGGCACCAUGAAGCCCUUGUCUCUACUCCUCGCUGUGGCUUUGGGCUUGGUGACCGCAGCGUCGGCGGGCCCCGCGGUGAUCGAGUGCUGGCUGGUGGAGGACGCCGGCGGGGGCCGUUUGGCCAAGAGACCCGCUGCUCUGCUGCUGCGCCAGGGUCCGGGGGGACCACCGCCCCGGCCCGACCUCGACCCCGAGCUCUACCUUAAAGUACACGACCCCGCCGGCGCCCUCCAGGCGGCGCUGCGGCGGUACCCCCGGAGCGCCCCCGCCCCGCACUGCGAGAUGAGCCGCUACGUCCCGCUCCCCGCCUCGGCGCGCUGGGCCAGGGGCCUGACCCCGGAGCCGAGUUGCCCGCGGGCCCUGGACGGGGCUUGGCUCAUGGUCAGCAUAUCCAGCCGGGUGGUCAGCCUCUCCAGCCUCCUGCGACCACAGUCCGAGUCUCUGCCGGAGCCUGCGCUCGUCACCAUGGCAACAGCUGUGCUGACUGUCGUCACCCACACCCCUACCACUCGAGCCCGACUGGGACAGGAUGCUCUGCUGGACUUGAGCUUUGCCUACAUGCCUCCCACCCCAGAGGCCACUGCAUCUCUGGCCCCAGGUCCCCCUCCCUUUGGGCUGGAGUGGAGACGCCAGCACCAGGGUAAGGGACACCUGCUCCUGGCUGCAACUCCUGGGCUAAGUGGGCAAAUCCCAGCUGCCCGAGAUGGGGCAGUGGCAUUUGCUGCUUGGGAUGAUAAUGAGCCAUGGGGUCCAUGGACUGGAAAUGGAACCCUCUGGCUACCUGCAGUGCGGCCCUCCCAGGAGGGCGCCUAUAUGGCUACCAUACACCUGUCAUACCUGCAAGGGCAGGUCGCUCUGGAGCUUGCUGUGCAGAAGCCCCCCAAAGUGUCCCUGACACCAGCACCUCUUGUAUGGGCUGCCCCUGGGGAGGCACCCCCAGAAUUGAUCUGCCUCGUGUCCCACUUCUACCCCUCUGUGGGCCUGGAGGUGGAGUGGGAGCUCCGAGGCCCAGAGGGCACCUUUCAGGAGGCCAAGGGGCACAGGUGGCUCUCAGCCCUGCGCCACCACUCGGAUGGCUCUGUCAGCCUCUCAGGGCACCUGCAGCCAGCCCCGGUCACCUCUGCCCAGCAUGGAGCACGCUAUGUCUGUCGAGUCCACCAUCCCAGCCUGCCCACCUUGGGACGCAGCGCUGAAGUCACCUUGGAGGUGGCAGGUCUCUCUGGACCCUCCCUGGAGGAUGGCAUAGGCCUCUUCCUGUCUGCAUUUCUGCUCCUAGGACUCCUCAAGGCACUGGGCUGGGCAGCUGUCUACCUGCGUACUUCCAAGGAGUCAAAGGAGAAGAAAGCACAGUGAGGGCACUCGCCACCAUCCUGGGGAAGCCACCAUCAUCUGUCAACGUGCUCCUUUCAGUCUCUCCACUGAGUGGCUGGAAUGCUUUUUUUACAGACACAAAUCGAUGGCAUUCACCUUCUUAGAGCUCUAGGGCAGUGGUUCCCAAAAUUUUUGGUCUCAAGACCUCUUAAAAAUCAUCAAGGACUCUAAAGAGCUUUUUGCUCGUGUGGGUUAUAAGCUAUAGACAUUUAUCAUACUAGAACUUAAAGCUGAGGAAAGUUUAAACAGAAUACCCAAGCACAUUCCAUCAGUAGCGAGGGCAAUGUAAAUACACAUCUUGUAGCUUCUGGAAAACUUCACAGUACAUAUUUGAGAGAAUGAGAGUGAAAAAGGCAAAUCACAUUAUGAAAAUAGUUUUUUAACUUUGUGUAUCAUGUGAAAUAGUCUCAGGGACCUCUGGGACAGGGCCCACACUUCGAGAACCUGUGUUCUAGAGCCCAAAUCCAUUCUUUUUGUCCCUGGCACAUGCCUUUCCCGCUAGAGCCACUGCUUAUCUCUUCAACCGCACCUGGUACCCUCCAGCCCCUCUCUCAAGGCUCGUCACACCGAGGGCUAUUCCUUCCCUCCUCCGCUCCCCACCCCCUCGACCCAGAGCUUUGUUCCCUGGGAUGCAGACCAGGUCAGCCCCCUGGGACCGCCGCGUGCCUCCUUUGUGCCCCCUUUGUGCCUUUCACCACGGUGCACUGAAGUCGUCGUGACAGCCGGUCUUCCCUCCCGGGCUCAGCUCCCUGAAGGCAAGAACAAGUCUGUCCACUGCUGUA